AUGGCUGAUCAGCUCGACAUGGGUCGUCUCUCCAUGCACGACUCGCAGCACGCUCCUGGCGGUUUCCAGCCGGAGCGCUCUGCCUAUAUACCUCCUCACAUGCGUCGCGCGCAGCAGUCCGGUCCGCCUCCAGCGAUGGACGGCCCCCCCAUGAUGAACGGUGGCGGCCCCGGCCCCAUGAACGGCAGCGCUUGGGGACCUAACGGCGGUGGAUAUGGAGGCCCUCCUCCUCAGCAGCGUAUGAACGGUGGCGGCAACUGGGCGAAUGCAAACGCUCAGAGCUUCACCCCUCGAGGUAGCGACGCUCCUCCCACCCGUGGCGGCAACGGCGGCUGGAAUGGCGCCGGCCCGGGCAAAUUCGACCCAAAUGCUUACGGCAAACCAGGUGCAGGCGGUUCCGGUGGCGGCGGCAAUGCCCGUGGGUCUGGCGACGGACAGUGGAGGGAUGGCAAGCACGUCCCCGGUCCUGCCAACCCGCGUGUUGAGCGUGAGCUGUUCGGUGUACCUAACGACCCGUCGAAGCAACAGACUGGUAUCAACUUCGAGAAGUACGAUGACAUCCCAGUCGAAGCUUCCGGUCAGGGCGUCCCUGAACCCGUCACCACAUUCACGAACCCCCCGCUCGACGACCACCUCAUCGGCAAUAUCGAGCUUGCUGGCUACAAGGUCCCCACUCCUGUUCAGAAGUAUUCGAUCCCCAUUGUCAUGGGCGGCCGUGACUUGAUGGCUUGUGCCCAGACUGGUUCCGGAAAGACCGGAGGUUUCCUGUUUCCCAUCCUUUCCCAAGCUUUCCAAACUGGUCCCAGCACCGCCCCCGCUGCUCAAUCCGGUGGCUACGGUUACGGACGUCAACGUAAGGCAUACCCCACGUCCCUGAUUUUGGCUCCAACUCGCGAGUUGGUAUCCCAGAUCUACGAUGAGGCCCGCAAGUUCGCAUACCGCUCUUGGGUUCGCCCUUGCGUUGUCUACGGUGGUGCCGACAUUGGUUCUCAGCUUCGCCAAAUCGAGCGCGGCUGUGACUUGCUCGUUGCCACUCCCGGUCGCUUGGUCGAUCUGAUCGAGCGAGGUCGUAUCUCUCUUCAGAACAUUAAGUACCUUGUCCUUGACGAGGCCGACCGUAUGCUGGACAUGGGUUUCGAGCCCCAGAUUCGCCGCAUCGUCGAGGGUGAAGACAUGCCCCCUACCGCUGCGCGCCAGACUCUUAUGUUUUCCGCUACAUUCCCGCGAGACAUCCAGAUGCUUGCUCGUGACUUCUUGAAGGAGUACAUCUUCCUUUCCGUUGGUCGUGUUGGUUCGACUUCGGAGAACAUUACUCAGAAGGUUGAAUACGUCGAGGACCAGGACAAGCGUUCCGUCCUUCUCGACAUCCUCCACACUCACGGCGCUGGUCUGACGCUUAUCUUCGUCGAGACGAAGCGCAUGGCCGAUUCGCUUUCCGAUUUCCUUAUCAACCAGGGUUUCCCUGCAACUUCCAUCCACGGAGAUCGAACUCAGCGCGAGCGUGAGAAGGCUCUGGAGAUGUUCCGUACUGGACGUUGCCCCAUCCUUGUCGCUACGGCUGUUGCUGCUCGAGGUCUAGAUAUUCCUAACGUCACUCACGUGGUCAACUACGAUCUCCCAACCGACAUUGACGACUACGUUCACCGUAUUGGUCGUACUGGCCGUGCUGGCAACACUGGUAUUUCUACUGCUUUCUUCAACCGCGGCAACCGCGGUGUUGUUCGUGACCUCAUCGAGCUCUUGAAGGAGGCUAACCAGGAGGUGCCCACUUUCCUGGAGAGCAUCGCUCGUGAGGGCUCCUACGGAGGAGGCGGUGGACGUGGAGGUCGAGGCGGCGGUCGCGGCCGCGGCUCCACUGCCACUCGCGAUGUCCGUCGCUAUGCAGGUGGCGGAGGCAACUCUAGCUUCGGCGGAGGAGGUUGGGGUGGCGCACCACAGGGAGGCUUCAGCGGCGGCGGCGGCGGCGCUGGCGGUUACGCACCUCCCAGCAACUACGGCCCUCCUGCCGGAGGCUUCGGCGGCGGCGGCGGCGGCAGCUAUGGAGGUAGUUACGGCAACCCGUCUGGCCCUGGAGGCAACUCUUGGUGGUAA